UCCGCUCAGUCGGCUGGCUAAGAUCAUUACCAGACACCAGGCUUCAGGCUCUGACAUUCACCGAUCGGGAAAGCAGAGCGAAAGAGCGCAGAGAGUCCCAGCCUUGAUCCCGUGCAAGCGGCAGAGGGAAAGCCACCUUGAAAACAUACAGACUCCUCCGUGCUAGCUGUUCUGCUUGAAAACGAGUGUUUUUCGCUGAAAUUUACCCAUUUGGAGCCGGCUUCUUGAAGCUCGAAGACGGAUGCGGGCAUGUUUUGACUGCGAUUGUAGUUUUCGCACCUCUCCUUAUCGCGUGGCCACUGGAACGGAUUUGUGAGGGAUCUUAACUUGCGAAGCUCCGCCAUUGGCCGGCGGUCCUACGAGGCGCCCCGGGGACGCUCGCUGUCCGGCCGCCAGGCAAGCCGCAAAGGGCCCCGGAGAGAGCUUCUUUCAGCUCGGAGUUGGACAUAAACGUCUCUAAUUGGAUUCCUCCUCCCUUGGCGGUUUUUUUUCUUCUCAUCACAACGACUGCAUAACCCAAUUCGCUAUUUUUUCCCUCUCCAAAGCAACGUUGACGCCAUUUUCCUCGGGGUUUUGUGUCAAAAAGCAUCCAAGUAUUAUUUUAGCAGCGUGUGACAGCUCCCCGGGAGGCUGUCAGCUCAUCCGUCGCUUGUUUAAAAAUGUGUCUAAAUGGAUUGUAAAUGAUCUUGAUAAAUAAUUUACACGUCAGAGCGGAGUGUUUGACAACAUUAGACAUGGAUUGUCCCUGGCUUCCCAACGUGUCAGUGGGCCAACCAAGCCAACCUCAAUAGCUGAUUAAAAACAAGCCAGCAGCCCGACAGACUUCCAUCCUCUUUAUUCCGAUUGGCUGGCUGCCACAGCUUCCCCCAUCCUGACUGGCUCUGGCGGGAGAGUGGAUGGAGCCAAGGGAUCUGGUUGGCUCGUCCCGACCCAAAGAGGCGGAGUUACAGGGAGUCGGGGCGGCACGAAAUGAAGGAGCAGGAGGUAUCGGCUCGGCGCGUAGCGGUGAUGUGAUCCCUGGUGCUGUCGCUGAAGGGGAGGGGCUUGAAGAACAAGGGGAGGGGCUUCUGGAAGAGCAGGAGUUUUCCAUCAAGGAAGCAAGUUUCCAGGAAGGAAGUCUAAAGCUGAAGAUCCAGACCACCAAGCGUACCAAGAAGCCCCCCAAGAGCCUUGAGAACUAUAUUUGCCCACCGGAGAUCAGGAUGACCAUCAGACCUCCGGCUGGAGAAGGCAAAGGAGGGCGCCAGGGGCGAACUGGAGGCGGGCCUGUAUCAGGGCGUGGCCAAAAGGAUGAAGAUAAAGGACCGCCCAGAAAAAGGACAUAUGAGCGCCAGUUCCGAAUUCCUGAGCAGAGAGAAGGAGGCCUGUUGCAACUCCUGGGAGAUCCCUCUCCACCCAAACACCAGCCUCGCAACAUUCUUCCUGCUGCGUCCACUCUCUCCCCUGUACAACCAGUACAGCACACCCUAACACAACAAUUCCAGCACAUUCAGCACCAAGUCAAUCCGGACUGGAUCACAUUCAGAGCACCUUCGGUUUCUCCCGCUAAUCCAUCAGAGUCCGAGUCAGCCGCAGAAUUAAUGGGAGCCAAUCAGGGCGCAAAUGCUGUAAUGGAUUCCAAUGCACCUUUCCCAAGGACUGUGACCCAAAUCCACUCACCACAGAGAUCUUUGACUCCAGACCUUCAAUUGCCAGUUGUUACAGAUGCCAGUAUUCUCAACCUUACCUCUCUCAGCAGGGGGAAAGGUUUGCAGGAAGUUAAUGAGCAGCUCUUUGGGAACAUCAAGAGGAAGUAUGGCAGGAAGGACUCCCAGAAGAUGCUCUCUAAUCCUCACAGUGCUGACACGCUGUGGGGGAGACAGUCCGAAAAAGAAACAGGAAGCCCAUCGAAUUCAGAGGACAGGCAGCGAUAUCGACAAGAAGAGAUGACUGAGCAGUUUCCUGAAGAAAGAGAGGAUAGGAGGAAGGAUGAAAGAGAGCGAACAAUUACUAGUAGAAAAGGUGAUGAAGAGGAAAGAGGAAUCCCUGUACAACCAGAGGAAGGCAAAGGAAGAAAAAGGCGGAGAAAGCCUUCUGUAGAUGAGUCCUUUUCUGUUGAAGAGCAAUCGCUUCAACGACAGGACUCAAACACCACAGGGAAAUACCAGCAUAAGCUUCCGGAACCUAAAGUAGCUCAUAAAAUGGAGAUUCACAAAAAUGAUUCCAGGCUUACAAGUCAGAGUGAUAUCGCUGGAGAGAAGAUAGAGAAAACUGAAAGAACGGAUAAAAGUGACAAAAGAGAAAAGGGAGAGCGGGGAGAAAAAGAUGACUCGGUCAGAAGCGGGACCGAUCCAGAAUCAAAUUUUACUAUGAACAGAAUGAAAAAGAACCCAGUGGGUCGUCCCAAGAUCAGCAUGGAUGCACAUAAACAGAGAGAUCCUACCCUAAACAUUGGCAAACCAAACUUCUCCAUGAGUCCCAGACUCCCGAGUCCAAACACCAGCCUUACUCCUAAAGGUAAUAUGAGUCCAAACCUAAGCCCUAUACCGAGGCCCAACUUUAGCCCCAGAACAAGGACCACCCUGAGUCCUAGCCCGAGCCACAGCACUAUCUCUACCAUAAGCUCCAGAUCAAGCAAGGCUAAGGACAGAUGGUCAUACCUGAAAGCAAAAAGUCACACCAGCAUCACCUCACCCCAAAGAGAUAACUGCAGCAGUCCAUCAAUGGUAGUUGACCCACCGUCAGCUUUCCCGAUAACUCCUUCUAGUCCGCUUUAUACAAAUACCGACAGCCUAACUGCCCACAUGCCCAUUAAAAGAAAACGUGGACGCCCCAAGAAACAACCCCUUCUAACUGUAGAAACUAUCCAUGAGGGGACAUCCACUUCACCUUUAAGCCCUCUCACCCAAGACACCUCUGCAGGGCUAAUGCGUAGGAGGAAGACUACUCCACUAAACUCAGCAAUCAAUACAACAUUAGUACAAAUGGUAUCAACAUCAAAUAGUGCCAAUUCCAGUGGUUUGAAAGUAAAACGUGGCAGAAGUAAUUCAAAGCCAGUAAAUAAGGUAAAGCUUAGAAAGAUGCAAAGCAUUCUGAAUGAGAUCCUGUCAAGCUCCAGUAAGAACAGCUCUCUGAAGUCUCCUUCCGCACCUGUAACCUCUGCUAUGAAUGCCAUGGCAUCAACCAUUGAGGCUCGACUAGGAAAACAGAUAAACGUGAGCAAGAGAGGAACAAUCUACAUCGGUAAAAAAAGAGGCCGUAAACCCCGAGCUGAAACUCAAGGUUUAAACCUUCCCAAAAUAGCAAGGGACAAGCCCUGCACAUCCACGUCUAGUCUCUAUGAGGGCUCUGCUGUGACCGCCCCCACUUCAUCUCCGAGUGCAAAUGCUCUGCCAAUGAGAGCUAACCACUCUGAUGCCACUAUGCCUAGUCUGCAGCCCAUAUCAGCUCUGCCAGCCAAACCAGUGGCUAGAGGUUUCCUCUCUGGGGGAUGGAAACUGUCACCACCUCGUCUUCUAGCUAAUUCACCCUCCCAGCUUUCAGAGGGUGCGUCAGUUAAGGAGGUCACCUUGUCUCCCAUCAGUGAGUCCCACAGUGAGGAGACUAUUCCCAGUGAUAGCGGUAUUGGGACUGACAACAACAGCACUUCAGAUCAAACAGAGAAAGGUCCUGCUUCUCGGCGAAGAUAUUCUUUUGAUCUGUGCGGGUUUGAAGCUGUGGAGGCUGCUGCUUUGGAAGCAUCCGCCAGAGGCAACAGAGCUCGGAGUGAACGACAAGCUGCUGUGGACAACUUCCUUUCCCAGCAGGAGAAGAAGCAAAAACAUAAUCGACGUAAGAGGAAGUGUCUUCAGAGCCGGGAUCAUCUUCAUUUUCUUUCCGAACUUGAAGAGGUUGUAUCAAAGCUCCAACAGCUGCGAGUGUCUCACAGAAGAUAUACCUGUUACCCGCAGAAUCCAUAUCCCUCUAUUUUCCGCCUCAACUUCCAUCAUUAUUAUCCAGUCACCUAUGACACCUACGAAUCCAGUCCGUAUAUUCGUAGGAGUGCUGAUCUAAAGGCCAAGAGGAGACGGGGUCGUCCAGCCAAACCCAGUGAGCCAAUCACAUCAAAAAUACCUUUUGUUCAAGGAUAUGGAUAUCCAAUAGCAGGGGGAAAUUACUAUGCAGCACCGUAUGCCAUGCCUUACGCACCCCAUCUAAGCCUAGGCUAUUUCCCCCCUGCACCUCCGUUCUACCUGCCUCAUCACACCCUUGGUCAUGUUGGCCCAUCACCUUUUAUGAGACCUGCUGCACCCCCUCCCAAGGCUUUCCACCCUAGUGGACACUCAAAGCUCCAGCCAGUGGUGAAACAUCGCAGCAGCAAUGGACAACUUCAGGGGUCCUCAGCAAGAGGGGAUGGAUUUGCAUCCAUUGGCAGUACAAGUGCAGGUGGUCUCGGAGGUAUUCGCCUCCAUAAGAGAAAACACAAGCACAAACAUAAGCACAAAGAUGAACCUCUUCUUUCCCCUCGAGACCGGCAAGAGUUGGGUGGGCUUUUUAGUGGAGCCAAGAUCAGUUCACAUCGUAACAUCCCAAGUGACUCGUCCACCAGUCCUUUAAAGCAUCAGGAGAAAAGGCCCAACAGUAGAGGUUCAAGCUUAGGAUCAUCGUUAGGGAUUUUCGAGUCGGAAAAGCUGAACACUCUUUCUGAUAGCUACUUCCACUUUCGUCAGACUGGACAGCCAAUGAACAGCUUCAUGAGCAGCUACAAUAGCCAAUCACAGCAACAAGAGUCACCUUCCUUCCUCUUCUUGGGGUCACAAGAAAAUGAGUGUGGUUCAAGGAGCAGGAAAAUGAGGCCUACUGUGUUUGGAGAUCAAGGCCUGAUGUCGCUGCAAACUGCCAGGCAGGAGCCAGUACAGAUGAACAAGUGCCCCAGUCCCCCGCUCUCUGGUGUUCCCGGUAAGCGUCGCUAUAAGCGCCGAGAAGUGGAACAGAUCCAGAAGGAGGUGAGGAGGAUGCAUUCUUUGAACUUUGAACAUGUGCAGAAGAUCCUCCGUGCCAAGCGCCUGCAGCGACAAGCCAAAACGGGAAACAACAUUAUCAAGAGACGACCCGGGCGGCCACGAAAACAACCCCCGGCCGGGGAAUCCGUUCUGGCCAACAAGACCGCGGAGAACCGGGCAGACUGUCACGGGUCGGACAUGUCGGUCAGUAAAAGAGCUGAUGUACGGACCCAGGGGAUGCCUGUUCUGGAGAGGUGUGAUGAAACGCCAGGUAGACAGAGCCUUAGGCCCACUUUGACCUCACAGUCUCUGGAUUUUUCCAAUCACGAUUCCAUCUCGGCAACCAUCGAGAAGGUGGUUCACAAAGCCCGGUGCGUUCCUCCGCCUGGCAAAGGAGGCAAACGCAGGGGCAAGGGCAACGGCAGGGACAAUUUAUGGGCGCCCUCUAAUCAAUAGACUUUGUAAAUGAAUAGGAGCCAGCGAUGUUUCAAACUUAUCAUAUCCAGUGCCCUUAAUUCGGUGACUGCUUGUUGCACUUUGAUUCAGGCAAACAACGCAGGUCAGAACACUUCUGGUGCCAGCCCUCAGUUUGAACAUUUGAAGGAUUCCUGCAUUUAAUAAGGCACUACCUGGUUUCAUUUGAGACUGAAUCUGAUGCUAUAUAAUUGCGUGGUACUAAUGACAUAGAGUAGCAUAUGUGAUUCUUUAUGUAUUUGAUACAGUGAUGUGUAUGGUACUUCGUCAUACUGUACCAGAAUGUGGCGUAAGCCAUGUAUUUACCAGCAAGG